GUCUGCCCUUGUCGAAUCCCCGCCAUAAUUAGCCAGCUAUUGGGACGUCGCAAAUUCACCGAUUGGACUCAAUCUUCAAGACUGCGUGCGCAUGGCCACGGUAUCAGCAGGGCAUGAAGAUGGGCUUACUAGGAUUCUUCUCUCGAAAACACCAGCCGGCACCUGUAGAUGGAGGGCUCGACACCCUCAAAGCACAACCAUACAAGGCAACUGUGGCGUCACAGCCUCCCACCCGAGGAAAUGCGCCGGUAGCAGGCAAUGGCCCCAACAUUAUCGAAACUCUACAGAAGACACAUCCAAAGUUCAAGAACGCUGCGAACAUAUCAUUUGGUGCCCAUUCCUCGGCCUCCACUGUAUCGUUAGGUAGGGUAGAGAAGAUCGACCGGCCACGUACCGCGCCAUCCGAGGAUAGGCAGACGUGGGCAAAUCGUCGCAGAUCGGGAUCUUGGAAAGCACAUCCCAUUCCUGCCCUACCUUCUAUGCCUUUUGCGAAAACAAGGCCACCAUAUAGACUCCCGGACAAGAAGCCUCAGCCGAUCACCCGGCAGUCUAAACCACGCCCGCCGUUCAGGCUACCAGAUGCCCCGUCAGCUCUUGACAAGCCUCUACCUCUAUUCGCUCGGGAGAGGUCAACAUCAAUUCAUAGUAGUCGGUCUGGCUCCGCUACAGCGUAUGUCGAUCUUCUCGAUGCCCAGGCGGGAAUAAACCCCACAGAUUUCCGUCAGCGGAUCCAAGCUACGGGAGCUCGCGAUUAUGGCGAAGAUGUCGCAGAUAGAAACAUCGGCGAGAACGGCUUGAACCUGCGUUCAGUAGAUGCUCGCGUCUUUUAUGCCGCAGCGAGCGCCAAUAGCAGACCAUCUUCUUAUGUUCCGACAGCUCCAGAGGAGCCAAAUAACGAAUCCGACCGCAAAUCCAAGAAGCGGCAUUCUUUAGGGUCAAGUUUACGAUCAAAGUCGUUGACGUCAGACACAGCAGCUGUAAGGCCAAGAUCGAGUCAUCGGACGACAGAAGUCGAAAAGAAGGGCAGAAUACGUAUUGAGAAGGCUGACGAUGAUGGUGUACUCGCUUCAGCUGCAAAGAAAUCAGAGUGGCGAAAAUCUUUACCUUCUUACAUGACUUCAUCGCGCAGGAAACUCGAGGCAGAUGAAAGGGCCGAAUUUCCGGCAGCUCUGAAAGCUAAGGUCAAAACAGUAUCAGGUACAGCUGAGAGCGUACAUGACAACGACUUCAGCAAUGCCUAUGUACCAAGCCAGGACCCAGUAUCCAAGGAAACAAAAGCCGAAAGACGAAGGACCAUGACGCAUGCUUCGGGAUCUCAUACCAGUCACGCUCUUUCUAAGCGUCUAAGCCUGCAAAAUUUGCAGCCCGUAUCCGACAACGACACAUACCGUAUCAAGCCUCGAAGCCCGACGUUCGAGACGCACAAGCCUGGGCGGAAUCGUGGGAGUACAGUGGGUAGCGAAGAUGUAUCGCCCACAGCGGAAUUUCAGAUGAUUGCAUUCAGCACGACGUCGCCAAAGAAGUCCAAGCGUUCACUGGGUCGCAGUCGACUUGCAGUAGAUGAUAUUCCACGCACGCGAAGCCCUCUCACGCGGGUCGGUCCUGAUGAAAUCCCGGAUCGUACGAGCAGCAUGCGCCAUUGGUCCAUAGACUCGACGUCUGCAACAAGUCUGAGUUCAAAUCCGUUCCGUCCACAGUCGCGACACACCGCCAACACGUCCAUUGAUCUGUCACCAUUCCCCAGGAAAGCUAAUUUCAGUCAUGACUCUCUGAGUGCCAUAUCCCACCGAACCUCCUCACGAGAUAAUCGUCUCCAGCCUCCGGCGUCGAUCUGGUCAAUGCCGUCGCCACCGAAGCAUUCGCAUAAAGCACAGCCAUCAACAACAUUCAACCCUGACGGCAAUCUCUCAUCGGACGAUGAUUCUGCGUCACCACGGAAUCCACGUGGCGAAGGGGAAGAGCACCUGCUCUUCAAGGAUCUCGGGUUUGCCUUUAGUGGUUUUGGCCUGCCAGGUCUCAAUGGGUCGAUUGAUAGUGGCGCUCCACGUUACGUUCCUGCAUCCCCACCAAGAUUCGCCCCUCAAAGACCGUUUAGGGCAAAGGAAGUUCACGACCAGGAUGAUUUCUUGAUGGAAAAAUACAGGGCCUUGCUUGCCGCGUCCAAGCAAGAUACCCAGCCUCACGCGCCACGACACCACAAGCCAGCGUACCAUUUUGGGGACUCUGACUCCAGUGAGGCAGAAGAUCCGCUACACAUGCUGCAAGAGGACGACAGCGACGACGAAAUGAGCUUCGACAUCCCGAUGAGCAGACAUCCCAAGCAGCAGUCAUACCGCCCAUACAGAUACGCCAGCAGCGAACAAGUCAUAGAAGAAGAAAAGGAACUUGAGAAAGUCGAUCUCACCACCGCCAUGAGGUUGCGGAAGGAGGAGAUGAUGAGGAAGCGCCUGAGUGGCGCGAGUGGCAGCUCCACAAUCCGGCCGCGCAGCGAUGGUGGCAAGGGCAAGGGCAGGGACGUGCCUCGGUCACACAGAUUUGACCUUGCCGGGUUCGACGCCGAUAUUGAGUAAAAUGAUUGGGACUUGGGAAACGGCGUUUGGAUAUUUGGGAGCCGGAAUUGGACUGGAAAAUGACACGGAUACCCCCUUUUCCUUGCACAUGUUUUGACCUCGACUCCGAUAUCAGAGGCAUACGAUGGAUGAACACACCCCCCCAGACACAGUUUCUUGUUGCCCAUAUUUUCUUUGCCGUUAUGUCUUAGUACUACCCAGCGCUUCCUUUGUAGAUAUUCCUAUACCCCUGCCCACAUGGCCAGUCGAUGGUCGUGUUUUGUC